AUAUUUUUUCUCAUAGCUCACAUACAAUAAAAAAAAAAAAGGAUAUCAAAGUAUUUAAUUCUUAUAAUAUUUUAUUGGUUUUGAACUUUUGAUCGUUAUCUUAUCCUUUUUCACCAUCGUGAUCUUUCGGAUUAUAUUAAUAAUCCAGCUGAUAAUAUGAACGUUAGUUUUGAUCAGUCCUAUCAAGCUUCAUCAGAUGAAGGUUCGACGUAUACUCCUACAAUUACAUCUGAUUCAGUUGCCAGAAAUCUACAACCAAGCUAUCCUCGAGAUUAUAAUUGCUGUGGAACUGAUCAUCUAAACUUGCAUGACCUUCUUCAACAUGUUGAUAACUCUCAUCCUGGAUUGAUCGUUGACAUUGCUAAUAACAUAAUUCCUUUCGAACAUAAUUCAGUUUACUCACAAGAUCGAUGGGACUUGAUGUCGCCAAUAUCUGUUCCCAAUGUUUCAACUUCCUUGACAACUUUGCCUCUAAAUAGUUUGUUACAUGAGCAGAAAAGCAUUAAUUUUAAUACAUCUACGUCAACUCCUUUAUAUUCACUUAUUUCUUAUCCAAAUAAUAAACAGAAGGGUAACGUAAAUAAUAAUGGACUUGGACAUCUUAAUGGAUAUAAUCAAAGUGGGAUCGGACAAUUUGAUAGAUAUGACCAAAUUAAUGGUCAAAAUCAAGAUUCAUUUGCAUGUGACAAUUGGAUGAACAUAUAUCAAUUAAUUUAUAAUAGUAAUCCUACGAAUCCAUUACGGGAUCCUAAUUUUUCAUCAACAUUAUUUGGAGAUCAAACUCUCUCAUCAAACCCAUCAUCAAUCUCAACAAGUCUUGAUGACGAUAAUUCUUUAUUUGACAUUCCCUCAAAAGCUCUUCAAUUAAAUCAAGAUCCAUUUUCACCAUUAUUAUCCCUCUCAUCGUAUCCCCAAACUCCAAAUGAUUAUGUUGAUUCAUCUGCUUGUCUACAAUCUGUAGUGUCUUCUCCUACUAGUUCAGAUAAUAAUUCAGUUGUCGUUUCUCCAGUCACAAAUGAUCAAAGAACUACUAUUUCUAAUUCACCAAAUAUUAAUACUAGCAUUCAAGAUAAUACUUCACAGAGACGCUCGACUUCUACAUUAUCUCUUCAAAAUACAUCUUAUGGGUCAAUUAAUACAUCAAAUUCUGGACAAGGACCAAUAUCAUCAAACAAUGAUGCUAAUUCUAGUCAACAGAAAACUUCAUAUGGUUCUGUUAAUAAUAAUAAUUCAAGACAAAGACCCAUCUCAUCACCAAGUAAUGAUACUCAUGUCACGACCCAACAAAGGCGUCCUUCUAGUAUUAAUUUAUCGGCGGCAUCUCAUUCUCCUACAUCUAAAUUGAUUACAUCUGUUUCCCCAACAAUGUCUAACCAUCGUCACUCAUAUGGAUCUUUACCAGGAUUUUUACAGACUUCAAUUGCAUCGAAUAUUGAUAGCAAUUCUGCUUCUCAUCCAAGACGUUCAUCAACUUCUACUAUAACUUCAUCACAAUCGACUGAACAAUAUAGAUCUAUUAAUUUGUCUAAUUUAGGACAAGGAAACAUUUCAUCUUCAGGCAGUAAUGUUAGACCAGUUUCUCAUAUAAGACGUUCGUCUACAUCUAAUUUAACACCAGCACGACCAACUGCACAAGCUUAUAGUGCGUAUAUGCCCUCUGUUACUACCACACAAUACUCAGUAGAUGGUUAUCAGAUAGUAGGACAUGUAUCUCCCGGGGAGACUAGCUCCGGAGCAUUCUCAGCGAAAUAUCAUCCAAUUCAACCAAAAGCUGGAGUUGCAAUGUCAGAUGUCUAUACUGAUCCAGCUCUUGAUAUCAAAGGUUCUAAGAAAAGAACAGUUUCUACAUCCUCAGUCGAUAAAUCAGCUAAAAGACGAGUAACUAAGGUGAGUUAAUCAUUAAAAAAAUAUAUAUAUAUAUAUGCAAUAAUGAGCUUCUAUUAAAAGUUUACUUUGUGUCCUUUGUAUCCAUUAAA